UAUGAGGAAUGAUGGAAGGAGCUGGGUAUAUUUUGCUUGGAAAAGAGGGGACUUGAGGGGAGAUAGGACCACCAUCUUCAAAUAUCUAAAGGGCUGUCACAUGGAAGAUGGAGAAAGCUUGUUUUCUCCUGCUCUGGAGGAUAGGACUCAAUCCAAUGGCCUCGAGUUACAAGUAAAGAGAUUCCGACUAAACAUCGGGAAGAACUUUCUGACAGAGCUGUUUGACAGUGGAAUGGACUCCCUCAGGAGCUGGUGGAUUUUAAGAAGAGGUUGCAUGACUAUCUGUCCUGGAUGCUUUAGUUGAGAUUCCUGCAUUGCAGGGGGUUGGACUAGAUGAUCCUCGGGGUCUCUUCCAACUCUACAGUGUUAUGAUUCUCUCUCACACAGUGAAACAACUUCACCUCUUGAAUCGCCAUAAUUGCAGUAGUGAGCGCGCUUCCUCCUCCUAAUUCUCCAAGCGGCGCGGGAUAUUUUUCUCGCUCUCUCUCCCGGGAGGCGUCGCGCUGCUGAGCAGAACCUGCGAAAGGGAAUCUCCGAAGAUGACUCAUCCUGGCGGCAGGGAGAAGAGGGAGCCCAUCCUGAUCCUCGCACCUACCGCAGGGACAGACAAGUGUGGCAAGAGGCUCGCGCCAAAAGCCUGGGAUCGAGGUGCGCGCGCGGGCUGCUCCCUCCGCCCCAACGCAGUCCCCCAAGACGCGCGCAAGGGCGAGCGCGUCGCGUUCCUCGCCUAGCCCUUGUUUCUGUACCUUCAUUCAGCGCAGCAACAGCAGUGCCUGAUGGGCGUUGUGGUUUCCAGCAAGGCUUACACGCAGAAAUCCCAGGGGGUCCUCGGAUGGUGAGCAUGUGCAGAAGAUGCCAGGAUACAGCCUUGUGUACGCCGAGCUAGCCGGCGCGCGCGCCCGCCCGCAGGAUAAUCUCGCCUUCGCCGUGCCAUGCCUCUGCAUGGGUUGCAGCCGCUGAGAAGCAUCCGAGGAGGCGGCGGAAAAGGAGCCUGCCCGCCUUUCUGAUCUGCCCUCCGAUGUUUUCUUGCUUCUGCUUCAGCAUCCAGGACCAUUCCUUCAGCAGCUCGGCUCUGCCAGAGUGUGGCGAGGAUACAGAGUCUGUACAUGAAGACCAAACAGCCAGUUCCCUUCACAGAGAUGAAAACAAGGAAAACCACCCAGACAAAGCUAUAGUCUUAGAGGAAAACCAGGCAGUGUUCCAAGAUACCCAGACACCCUGUGAUGGCACAUUGAGGGUUGGAAUGGGGAACUUAAAAUCCAGAAAGCCCACAUCUAUUUCAAAACCAGAAAAUGGGAAAAACCGUGAAGAAAGUCAGGAGAUGGGAAAUGCACUGCCGUGGCUCUCUGACUGUCAGAGGAAAACGGGAACUCCGGCUAAUGAUUACACCGAGAACGUGGCAUUCAGAUACCAGGAAACCGUCAUCAAGUUUCAACCCAGGACAGAUCAGAGCGCAUUCAUUUCACCAAAGGAUGGCACUGAACAUUUCCAGAACUUCAGUGAGAAUUCUUUGCUGAAGCUGCAAGCUCUUGAAACUGACCUCUCUGCAUUUCUGCCAAACCAGGAAGAAACACCACAGCUGCCGGCUUCAAAAGACCCGGUCGCUUCAUCGAUCCCAACCAGCAGUGUGCAAGUUGAUGGGGAGAGUUGUGGAGAGCCUGUACAAGUCUACAAAGAGGGCCAGGCAGAUGCAGACAAUGGACAUGAAGACCACCAUUCCUUAGGGACCAGCAGGCUGCUGUAUCACAUUACUGAUGGAGAUAAUCCUCUGCUGUCUCCUCGCUGCUCUAUUUUUAGCCAAAGCCAGAGAUUUAAUUUAGACCCUGAAUCAGCUCCUUCUCCACCAAGUGCUCAACUGUUCAUGAUGCCAAGAAGUUCUUCCAGAGGUAGCUGCGAUGACUGCAAAGAGCCGCAGACGAUAGCACAACUCACAAAGCACCUGCAAAGUCUUAAGAGGAAAAUCAGGAAAUAUGAAGAAAAGUUUGAGCAAGAGAAGAACUAUCGGCCUUCUCACGCUGACAAAAUAUCGAAUCCCGAAGUAAUGAAAUGGAUGAAUGACUUGACCAAAAGUCGGAAACAGCUUAAAGAGCUGAAACUCAAAAUGUCAGAAGAACAAAGCUGCCCCCUCAAAGCAACUCAAAGGAACCUUCAUCAGGAAAGCUCCAAAGAGACUGUGAAGCAGGACACAGCAGGAGCUCCCCCGAGCCCCUCCGUAGAAGAAACCAUGGAUGCCGUGAUGAAACGACUGAACGAGAAGCGGCAGCAGCUCCAUAUCCCCGAGAACGUUAAGGGAGACAAGCAAGAUAGGAGUCUGAUGAAGCCCCUUUAUGAAAGAUACAGAAUUAUCAAGCAGCUUCUGUCGACGCCAUCUUUGAUCACAACCAUUCAGGAGGAGGAAGAUUCCGAUGAAGAUCACUCCCAGAGCAGCUAUGAAUUGUCCUCUGCCAUGUCCCUCCAUUUGCCUUCUGGUGAACAUCUCUGUCAUUCAGAUGAGGAGAAUGAGCCCGCCUUUGUGUCACCCCUGGAUGAAAAGAAAGCAGUCAAACAGCCUGCCCUGUCAAUGUCCAACUUGCAUGAGGCCACAAUGCCUGUGCUGCUGGACCAUCUCCGAGAAACGAGAGCUGAUAAGAAAAGGCUAAGGAAAAUGUUACGAGAAUUUGAGGAUCAGUUCUUUAAGCAAACAGGAAGGACUCCCCAAAAGGAGGACCGCAUCCCCAUGGCAGAGGAGUACUUGGAAUACAAGCACAUCAAAGCCAAGCUCAGGCUGCUGGAGGUUCUCAUCAGCAAGCACGAUGUCUCCAAAACCAUCUGAAGUCCAGUGGUUUGCAAUAGUAAAACUCCUUGGUCUGGGAAAAGGAGAGAGAGAGAGAGGGUUGCACAGGUCUGGCUCUUCCUGCACAAUGGCUUUGACACCUUGAAAUUCUGAUGCACUUUAUUUAUGUUCUACCGCUGCAGGUGAGCAAGAGAGUGAGAGAAAGGGGUGUGUGAAUGCAGGAAGGAGGAGUGGUUGAAUGGGAGGGCUAACACUUACCUGUGAGUCGUCUCUUGUUUCUGGAGCUGUUUUUCACUCGGGCAAGUUCCCCCUCGCUUUAGCCAAAAGGAGGUAAUCGUAUAUGCACAUUCAGAAAGCCGGGUUGGCGGGACUUCCUGUUUCACUUCAAAGCUCCACUGCGACAUGUUUCCAGGCAGAUGGUGCUAAUUCAGCAACACUCAAAGGUAUGGAAGGACAGUGCAAUCAUCCAAACAGGCUCGCCCAGGUUUUUAUUUUGUCUCUUCCCACUUGGGCAGCAUAGGACUAGAGAAAAAGAGAGGCAUGUCAAAGUCUCUUGAGCUGCCCAUCAGGUGAACUUGGAACACAAUUCUAGGUAGGCCUACUAAAGCUACUAAGUCAGCAUUAUGAAGUGUCCUCCGCAAUCUGAUAGGCCUCUUUUAUUUGUGAUAUUCCAGUGUGUAGCCUGGACAGCUUUUGUAUCCCAGGAUUCACUGGGAGGGCCAGAAUGAAAACCAUCCCUAAUAUUGGGAGGAGAGAUGCAUCAGAAAAGAACCUCUUUUCUGCCUGCUGGCCUAGGUAAAAAAAAGUACAGGUCACAGCGAAACUGUAGUUUUCCAUCUCGGUUGAGGAUAAUGAAGGAAGGAAAACCAGCACACCCCUGCAGAUGAAAACUUGACCAAAAACCCCCAGGAAUGUGAGCAGCUGUCUUUGCUGGUUCAGUGUGCUCUAGAGGACCCUGUUUGCCCAAACACAACCAUCAGUAAUGUCAAGAAUCUGACUUUCUCUGUAGAUCAAAUACCUGUGCAGGAGGGGACAUUUUUGAGAAUUUAAUAGGCACCCAAGAUGCAAGUUUUCAUCCAUCCUGCAUUAGGGGGUUCCUGGUGCUCUUGUUUUCCCUCCAAUAAUUAACAGAUAAGGACCAUCUAAAUCUACCAGUUUGGCAGAGGCACUUCUGACUUGAUAUGUAUGCCACCCCUCCUGAAGUGGUGGAUCCUGGGUGGAAGUGCAGGUCAAGUUAGCUCCUGCAGGAUAAAGAGAGAAUGAAGGAUGGCUCUGAUUUAGGCAACAACCUAUCUUUGUGGAAUGUACACAGAUUGGACUGCAUGGAAAGCACCACUGGUCCCUGCAUCAUUCAGGCUGUAUUUAGGGUAGGUAGAAAUUCUACUUUUCAGGUGCAGGGAACAUGGGAAGAAUUAUGGCACAAAGGAAGAGCCUCAGAUACCUAGUUCAGAUACCAAAUUUGGAGAGGGGUUCACACUUGGGGGGAUGGGAGUAUUAUGGGUUUGAGGCAGGAGCAGGAGGUGAUGUGGUCUGAAUCAAUGGUAGGUAGCACCGGAGCUUCCAGGUGUUUUGGAGUAUAGUUCCCACCUGUUAGCCGUGCUGACUGGGGCUUAUGGGAGUUGGAGUCCAAAACAUAUAGAGGGUACCAUGUUGGAUGCAUGAGAGCACCCAGAUGUUGUGGGUGGGUGUAAUCCUGUGGAAGAAUAGAAGUAUGCAGAGCUUGUCUGAGCUGUUUGUGAGUGUGUGCUGUAAUUCCAUGCAAGCGGCUAAAAAAAACCCAUGCAAGCAGCAUAACAUAUGGAACUGGGUAUAGAAUUCCAUUUCCUGACAAUGGUAGCUUUUUAUCUCCUUAUUUUUUUGGGGGGGGGGGGUAAAAAUAGGAAGGAGGCUCCUACCUCUUGGUUUGCAAAGGCAUGCUUAUGAAAGUGUGUGUGGGCAACACUUAGUGAAAUGUCAGAAGGCAGCAUGGUAACUGCAUAGGAUUUGCAGUGGUGUGACUUCAGGGCCCAUAACGGCUUUUCCGUCACCGUGAUUAAAGAGUCACAGAGGUGUGUGCAGCAAGAUAAAUUAUGACUAUUUGCGUAAUGUACACAGGUUGUAGAAUUCUGUUUUUCUAGGUGAAGAAUUUGCCUUACUCAUUUUCAUUGCAAUACCAUAGCCUGCCCAUUUCCCCCACCCAACAGAAGCCCGUGUAAAUGGCAGCUAUUCCUUCUGGAUCCCCAGCUCUGUGAAGGUUAAAGAGGCUGUCUUCUCUACACAACUCAAGGGGUAUUCAGAUCACCAUCCAGUUCCUGCCAUGCUGGCACAUCAAGGCAAGAGCGGGUCUGCUCAGGCUGAAGCAACCUUUCCUGAGCUGGAAAGCUAGGGAGAGCAAGCUAGCGGAGCUUCAUUGUUCUGAAAAAAACAACAACCAGGGUCUUCUGGGUCUAAAUAUGCGUAUUGGAGGAAGCUAACUGUAGCAGGAACCUAACUUAGGCUUUGGACGAUGGGCCCAGCUUCCUGAAUUUGCAUAGCAGUCCUUGAUUUUGGCUGAGUGAGAGGAAAACCCCAACAAGGCAUUGCAACACCUGCCUUGCCAGGGAAGACGAGGUUUCUCUUUGAAGUGCACUGUGUAGAAAGUUGCAGAAGGAGAGAAGAAAAGCAGGGGAAGGAGGAGGAAGAUUAUUGUUCCUCAUUUUACCCUCUCCUCUUUUUCCACUACCCAGUCAUUAUUUCUGGCUGUGUGGCUGCCUCUGCUAUGGUUAGCAGGUGCCCCAUUCAAGCAGAGGGGCUGCAGUGGAAGCUGUCCAGCCCUCAAGACAGCUUUGGGGGUGGGGGCCUAAGGUUGUGUGUAUGUAUGUGAAGCUUGCCGCUUCCCAUUGCCCCCAAAGCCAAGACUCAGGGAGAGGACCCCCCCCCCACCUCCUGCUCUCAGAAACUGUGAAGGAACAAUUCCUAAGUUUAAAGGAUCCUCCAAGGGGGGGUCAGAUUAGGCUUGGAGCUCCCUCCUUCUCCAUAAACACACCCUCCACCUGCCUCCGCUCACAUUAUCCCUUCCUUCUGCCCCUCACCCAAAGCCACUCCUGCUGGGGUCUUAUUUUUUUUUUCUGCACGCUCC